GUAUUCGACCCGAUAUUCAUAUAAACAAGCGGAAGACCCCAAUAGAACAACCACUUUAUCAAGAAACAUCUAAACCUCAUAAAAUGGCACCUUCAGGUCUCGCAAUCAUCAUUGGCGCUGGUCCAACAAGUGGGCGCGGUAUCGCUCGUGUUCUCGCGCGUCAAGAUGGCGGUAACCUCGCCGUCGCCCUCUUGGCCCGCAACGCCGAUAACCUCAACAGUCUGCGCGACUCACUCCGCAAAGAAACCAACGGCGUUCUCCACUCUUUCCCUACAGACACUCAGCCAGAUAACCUACGAAAGGCGUUCAAAGACAUCGCUAGCCAUCACGACUUCAAGGAUCUCAAGCUCAAACUGGCAAUUUAUCACGUCAAGCAUGCUAGCAAGAAGCCUUUCCUCGAAGAAACGCCUGAGGAGUUCAACGAGAGCAUGCAGAUAUACACAACCGGUGCAGUAGUCUUUGCUCAAGAAGCUCUCAAGCUCAUGUACGAGCAAAACGGCGGACAGACCCUCCUGGCCGAUACAAACGGUGCCAAGAAGGGCACUAUUAUCUUCACGGGUACACUGGGAGCUAUGCGUACAAACACUGGCUAUGCAGCUUAUGGAGCGACUCGUGCCUCUGCUAGGAUGGUCGCUCAGGCUAUUGCGAAGGAGCACAGCAAGUUUGGUGUCCAGUGCGUUCAUGCUAUUGCGAAUGGCAGAAUCACGGAUGAAGAUACUGAAGAGACGAGGACGGGAAAGCAUAUGAGGGCUGAAGACAUUGGGCAGACGUAUUUGUGGCUUUCGCAGCAGCCAAGUUCGCUCUGGGUCCAUGAGCUGGAUUUGAGGCCGGCGCAAGAGUCGUUUUAGAAUAUUGAAGUUUCUGAAAUGUGUAGAAAUGAUAAGGAUCUCAGUCACCACAAAUGUCGGUAUAUAUUUAUGAGCAAUCUUAAGGAACCUACCUGACUGACACUAAUACAUCUCCAAUCCACCGCUGGCAGAUAGCGCUUGUCCUGUGAUCCAUCUGCUCUCCUCCGAAGCCAACCAAGCAACAAUCUGCGCUACAUCAUCAACCUCACCCAACCUAUUCCCUGCAGCCGUCUGCUUCUUCUGCAUAUCAAUGAUCUCUUUUGGAAUAUUGUCCAUUCAGCUGCCCAUGACCGCGUAAGUCCUUCGAGUGCAGCUUUGGAUGCGCAGUACAGAGAGAGGCUCUUGAAGC